UUACUCAAGAAUUUCAAUAUUUUCAUGGGAAAUUAUGAAAUAUCUAAACCAGUUGAACAAAUAAUUUUUUAUCGCUGACUGAGUAACUUUUCAUUGAUAAUUGCAAUGGGGGAAGAGAGCUGUACUGAUGAUCCAACAUUUUCAUACAUUCAGUUGGUUAUUUUCGUUUUUUUUUUUUUUUCCUCUUAUUUUUCUCUCACUCAUCUGCAGAAUCUCACUCAAGUAGUGCUGCAAGUAAGUGUGCAGUAACUUGAAGCUGAAGGUCUGUGACACUAAUGAGCAGGCGAUCAUUGAUGUCAGGUUCAAGAAAGGGGGCACAGCUUGAUUAUUAAUUGACUGUAAAGCAAAGAAUUAUCAAUGCUAGGGUGACGGGGAAAAAAGCGAAUAAAGAAGCUCCAAAUAAAUCCCGCAUUUUUCUCUCGUCUUGUUCUACGACAAAAUCCCAAAAGCUCUUUGAUUAAUAUGGCGUCGUCGUCGCGUCGUUGACAACGAAUUCAGACUUAAAUUCGUUGGUCAUUGACUGAUGAAACGAUCCUCGGCCAACGGUCGCGUCGUCGACUUGAGUCUUCCAGUGUCAACUAGCAUGAAGUCUUUUACAAAUUACGCGCCAUUUAAAUUUUACUUUCAAAGAAUCUUCAAACAACAGUGAUGGCUAUUAUCGUGAAAAAUUCCUUCUGGUAAUCACUGUGGGGAUACUUGAGCUGUGAACUCAGUGUGUAAGGAUCGUUUUUGGGUAGUAGCAUAGAUAUAUUGUUCAAUAUAUCUAUGGUAGUAGUAUAAAUUACAACCAAGCAAAAUGACUACAGAGCUGAAGCAAAUCACUCCCAGACUGAGGACAGUGAUAGCACGAUUCAAAUUUGUAGAACUUGAGACAGCGGUGUUGCCCAUCUUCCCAGAGGUAAAAUGGCAAAACAUCAAACAAACACUUGUAAAAAACCGCCAGAGUUUUACCACUGGAGCAUUCCUUCAAGUCUUGGAGCAGAAGAUUAAGGCAGCAAAGAUAACUCAAUGUGAGAUAAAUAAUCGGUUAUCUACUCUACAACUAAUAGAUAUAAGUCGACAUUCCACACGGAGAAACUGGUGGACCUAUAGACUAGACGGUAAGCAUCAUGAUCCUCAACAAUUUCAGUCUGAUCGAUACCUCCAAGAAAGAAUAUCGAAGGAGUUUGUCAGCACUCAUACAAGUAUGCAAGUGCGGGUGGUGACACACGACAAUAUAACAUUCAUAUCAGUGCAAGAGCCUGUGACAAAAAAAUCCAGGACAUGGAAAUCCACUUUCACCUACAUUGCUCUUUUUAAGGGAGAGGAAUACUUAUUUGUAACCCGCAAAACUGUGAAUCCUAAUAUCAUACUGAUCAUUGGGCAUUGCCUUAAUUACGAUACAUACAAGCGAGUUAAACUGUCUGGAAGGCAUUUAAAAUCGCUAAUUCAAUUGCUCAGAGCAAAACAGCAAGGAACUGUCAAUGAUCUUGGUCUUUUACAGACUCCAGCGUACGAAGUGCCACCUCCGAUUGUAAGAAAUACAGGGAUAGACUUCACAGAGUCCGAACAGCGUAGAAAAUACAUGGACAAACUUUAUGGCUCUGAAACACCGAGAACUGAAUCUCUUGUCGUUGGUGUUAUUGAUCAGAAAUGGCUCUGUUCAGAUUUAGUGCCCGGUUUGGAAGAAGAUACAGUGGACAUUCACAUAGAAUUCCGCAGCAAUAACAUUCCCCGUAUGAUGAAGGAUCUUGUGCAGCGACGAGUUGUACAAAUACCAUUACCUGCUUAUGCUGAACAAAUGUUGAUAUUAGGGAAAAACGAAGUUUCAUUGCAUUCGUAGUGUAAUGAAAAAGAUGUAGGCUAAAGAUAGAGUAAAGUCUCACUGACAGAUUACUUUUAAAUGAACAAUAAUUGGUCAUGGGCCAGACUCGAUGGGUUAACUCUGUAUCUGUCUUCAGUAUUUUAAUUACAGUAAUUAGCAGUUGAACUGUUUCUUAGUAAUAGAGGGAGCAAUAUCAAAUCGUGUAUAGUGUAAGUGUUUUCAUUAAGCAAAUUAAAUAAUCAAAGAUUUUUUUAUUAGAUCUA